AUGGAUUCUGGGGAAGAUUCAACUAAAAAUAUUAACAUAGAAUCAUCUGUUUCCGAAAUUCUAACAACGAACGAAAUUUCAAACAUUAAUUCCCACAUUUUAAUCGAUUAUGUCAAUUCAUUAUUUCGUAGGAAAAACUCAAAUGAAACAAUUUUAAAAAAUAUUGAAACGGUUGUAGGUGAAACUGCUUCUGAAGAAAUAUUUAAGAUUUUUGAACAAAAAUAUGAAAAUCAAAAUCCCGAAAACGCCAAUGAUUCCAUUCUAGAUGAUACAUUAAAGAGAAGAAAACCAAAGCCAGGCUGGUCCACCCAAAUUGUCUAUGUUACUCCAGAAGGAAUUACAGAUCAAUUAAAAGAAGACAUACUUGCCGAAAUUCUUAGUUCAACAAAUGGAACUCUUGUGAGCAAAGAGAGAUUUAUUGUAUUUGUUGCUGGAUUAGAAUCGUCUUUCAAUUCAAUUUCUCGAAUUUACAAAGUUUUUAAACUCUUUGGCAGAAUAUGCGCUAUAGAAGAGGACAAAGAAAAUAAUGUUGCAUUCAUUGAAUACGCAAAAUUAGUCGAUGCUUAUCAUGCUGUCAAAAAAGCCCAAAAACUGCUUGGAAAUAAGUGCCUUAGAGUUGAGUUUGCUAAACCUCCAAACCCUGAUGCAAUUCAUGCAAUCGAGCAAGAAAUUGAGAAAAAUAGGGGCAUUUGGCAGCAAAAUCAAGAAUCUGAGAUUCAUAAAGAUGAUAAUACAUUAAAGAAGAAUAUAAAUAUAAAAGGCAUUCUAGUAGAUGAAAUGAAAGAUAUUUUGAAGAGAAAAAUGAAAAAUUUCUUGGCAGCACUUAAAUAUAACGAUGAUAUCACUCCGAAAUUGCUUACUGAUAUACAAGACUUAGAUAAACUGAUCAAAGAAAAUGAAAAAUCAGCAAAUCCAAAUUAA